AUGACACAAGCGAAUGAGUGCCUUCUUUCGGAAACAUAUUACCAUGGUAUCAUUGACCAAUACGAUAUGCAAAGAAUGCUCGUUCGAGAUGGUGAUUUUCUUUUCGGUAUUCCAGAAGAAGACGAAAAGGAGUCCGUUGUAUGGGUGGUGCGAUACAGUGGUGAAUUACGUGCAUUCAGCAUUGGUUUAACCGAGAAAGAUCUCUGUUUCGUCAAUGAAAAAUGUUUUCGAAAAGUAUCCGAAAUGGUUGACCAUUAUGUUCGAACACGAAAGCCAUUGCACAAGACGUUACCCAUUGUGGUCAAACGACCAGUACCGCACCCAGCUUGGGUAAUAUCUCACGACCGGAUACGUUUGAAGGACGAGCUAGGCAGAGGUCAAUUCGGAUGUGUUUACAAAGGAAUACUGCAAGUUGGCCACACGUACAAAACGGUUGCUGUGAAAACUUACGUAGGACACACCGAUAAAGCUAAACGAAUUUCAUUCUUACAGGAAGCAAAAGUAAUGAGAGAGUAUAAACACGAAAACGUAGUGCAACUGAUUGGUGUCGCAUGCCAGAAAGAACCGCUCAUGAUCAUUGUCGAAUUUUGCGGCGGUGGAUCCUUGCUUAAGGUUUACUUUGCACGAUCUAUGUUCAGAUUCUGA